AUGAAGAGAAAGGCGGACGGCCCUGCUGGCCGCGCGAAGCCGGUUAAAAAGCGAUCCAAGUCCACGAUCAGUGAAGAGGAGGCCAAAGCUCGGUUCCGGAAAGGGCUGUUUGACAAGGCUGUCCUCGACAAGUACACCUCGCAAUAUGCUUCGUCGACACCGUACAAGCACAGCGUCAUUUCCAGCCUGGUGGACGAUGCACUGCUUCGCAAGGUCCGCUCCGAGAUCAAGGCCAACGUCCACUUCACACCCAAGGAGACCGACAUCUACAAGAUUCACCAGAGCGGCGACCUCGCGAACCUCGACGGUCUAGACGAUGAGGCGUUGGCAAAGUUGCCGUCGCUUCUUGCGUUGCGCGAUGCCCUCUACUCCCAGACGUUCCGCGAUUACGUCUCCCACAUAACCGGCUGUGGGCCCCUGAGUGGGCGCAAGACCGAUAUGGCCAUCAACGUCUAUACCCCUGGCUGCUAUCUCCUGUGCCACGACGAUGUGAUCGGGUCUCGCAAGGUUAGCUACAUCCUGUACUUGACCGACCCGGAUACACCAUGGCAACCAGAAUGGGGUGGAGCCCUGCGCCUUUUCCCCGUCGUGGACCGCGAAGGCAAAGACGGUGAAGUGGCUAAGACUCCGCUGCCAGACGUUGUCAAGGUCAUUCCGCCCGCAUGGAACCAGCUCUCGUUCUUUGCCGUUCAGCCGGGAGAAUCCUUCCACGACGUUGAGGAGGUCUACCAUGCUGCUUCCAAGGAAGAACUGGAGAAAAAUGGCGGGCGUAUCCGCAUGGCUAUCAGCGGUUGGUUCCAUAUUCCCCAGGUUGGGGAGGAUGGAUAUGUCGAGGGAGCCGAGGAGAAGGCCGCCCAGAAGAGCGGUCUCAUGCAGCUGCAGGGCAACCCCGACCAACAUGAUCGGCCACAGGCCAAACCCGUCCGGGUGGAGAGCGAGAAAACGGAGGACGGUGAUGAUGUUCCACUGGACGAGGCCGAUCUUGAGUUCUUGUUGAAAUACAUCUCUCCGACAUACCUGACACCGGACACGAUCGAUGGCAUCGCUGAUCACUUUGAAGAGGAGUUCAGCAUCACUUUGCCAUCCAUACUACAUCCCAAGUUCGCCGAGAAGCUCCGCCGGUAUGUGGAAUCCGAAGAAGCCAAGGCACUGCCGGAAGAUAGCGAUGAGAUUGAAAAAGGUGCGUGGAAGGUCGCCCGUCCACCGCAUAAGCACCGGUAUCUCUACCUCCAGCCCGGCCAGGAAAGACUGGAACCUUCGCCGCUCAAAGAGCUGCUGGAAGUUCUAUUGCCGUCCAGGCAAUUCCGUCUCUGGCUCCAGAUGGCGACGCGCUCCACCGUAGAGAGCCACGACCUGUUGGCCCGGCGGUUCCGUCGUGGCAAGGAUUACACGCUUGCGACUGGGCACGAUGGCAAGCCGAGGCUAGAGGUCAACAUUGGCCUUACCCCCACGGAAGGUUGGAGCGACGUCGAUGAGGAGGAUGACGACGACGACGCCAGCUCCGAAGCGUCAUCUGACGCCGAAGAGGGUCGCAGCGGUAAGAAGGACAAGAAGGGCGCUACCAACGGCAGGGGCAAAGGUAAAGCGGAUGAGAGCAAAUCCAAGGGGAAAGGCAAGGCCAUCGACAAAGAUGUUGCCUCCAAGGCAGAUGAGGAAGAGGUGGGCGGCCACGAGGUGUACAUGGCGGGCGACGACGAUGAGAAUGAGGACGCGGCCAUCUACAAGAGCAGCGCUGAUGACGACAACAUCCUCUUCUUCCAGGCGGCAGCUUGGAACAAGAUGACCAUUGUGCUCCGCGACAGCGGGACACUGCGUUUCGUCAAGUACGUGAGCGCCAGUGCCAAAGGCGAUCGGUGGGAUAUUAGCGGCACCUUUGAGAUUGAGGAGCAGGACGAGGAACCAGACGAUGACCAAGACAACGGCGAGGCAUCUGGAGUUGGAGCGUUGGAUGAGUCCGAGGAGGAGUUCAAUGGGUUUUCGAGCAGUGCAGAGAGCGAUUCUGACUAG